AUGGCCGUGGCGCCAGCGGCGUUGCAGACGGCGCCCCCGACCCAAACGACGAAUACGUCGACGCAUGCAGCGUUCGAGGCGCAGCUGCAGGAAGCACAGGCGCUUCUCAAGUCGGCAGAGGAUCGGGCGGCGGUGGAGCUCGGCACAAGGCUCCGUAUCGAGGACCAGGCGGCGAAGCAGCGCGAGGCGGCGAAGACGGCGGUGGAGCAGCGCGAGGCGGCGAAGACGGAGAUCAAGCAGCUCAAGGCGCUUCUCAAGUCGGCAGAGGAUCGGGCGGCGGUGGAGCUCGGCACAAGGCUCCGUAUCGAGGACCAGGCGGCGAAGCAGCGCGAGGCGGCGAAGACGGCGGUGGAGCAGCGCGAGGCGGCGAAGACGGAGAUCAAGCAGCUCAAGAAGAUGCUAAAA